UAUAAAGUGUGAGGGGGGUGUGGCUGUAUUCUCGGGCAGGAUCGUCGAGAGCGUAGUGUGUGGAAGGUAUUUCACUCGUGCUCGGACUCCACCGAAGAUCAUGGCGGCUCAGCUGCUGCGGACUCCCCUGCUAUCCACCGCCGUGAUCCGAAGCGCCUCCACGGGGACGCUGGAGGUGAAGGGGCCCCUCAGUUUCUGGGGUGGGGGCAGAGUGAACCCGCUGGACACGAAGAAGGCCGAACCCGUUUACGAACCUGCCACCGGACGUGUCCUGUGUGAUAUGGUGCCAUGUGGUCCUGACGAGGUAGAGCAGGCUGUAAAAAAUGCGCAUGCAGCAUACCUGAAAUGGAGCAAGCUGGCAGGUAUGGAGAGGGCCCGGGUUAUGCUGGAAGCUGCUCGCAUUAUCAGGGAGCAGAGAGAUGAGAUUGCCAAGGUAGAGGUCAUCAACAAUGGCAAAUCCAUCACAGAGGCACGUGUGGACAUAGAUGUGGCCUGGCAGUGCAUUGAAUAUUAUGCAGGCCUGGCAGGCACAUUGUCAGGCCAGCAUAUUCAGCUUCCAGGGGGCUCCUUUGCUUAUACCAGACGAGAGCCCCUGGGCGUGUGUGUUGGUAUCGGUGCUUGGAACUACCCUUUUCAGAUUGCAGCCUGGAAAUCUGCCCCAGCCCUGGCCUGCGGCAAUGCCAUGGUUUUCAAGCCCUCUCCCAUGACCCCAGUGACAGCAGUCAUGCUGGCAGAAAUCUACGCCCAGGCAGGCGUUCCAGAGGGGCUCUUCAAUGUGGUUCAGGGUGGAGCAGAAACGGGUUCCCUGCUCUGUCACCACCCCAUGGUGGCCAAGGUUUCCUUUACUGGAAGUGUUCCAACCGGCAAGAAGAUCAUGGAGAUGUCUGCUAAAGGGGUAAAGCCUGUAACUCUAGAGCUGGGAGGAAAGUCUCCGCUUAUCAUCUUCAAGGACAGUGAGCUGGAAAAUGCUGUGAAGGGAGCUCUUAUGGCUAAUUUCCUUAGCCAAGGAGAGGUGUGCUGUAACGGAACAAGAGUGUUCGUUCAGCGGGAAAUUAUGCCCCAAUUCUUGGAGGAGGUGGUUAAGAGGACGAAGGCCAUCCCUGUAGGAGACCCCCUGCUGGAUGGAACCCGUAUGGGAGCUCUGAUCAGCCGGCCACAUCUGGAACGGGUUCUGGGUUUUAUCAGCGAGGCCAAAAAACAGGGAGCCAAAGUGCUUUGUGGAGGGGAACCCUUUGUGCCCAGUGACUCCAAACUAAAGGGUGGUUAUUUCAUGACUCCAUGUGUGUUAGACAACUGCAGAGAUGACAUGACGUGUGUUAAAGAGGAGAUCUUUGGCCCUGUCAUGUCUGUGCUGCCCUUUGACACUGAGGAGGAAGUAAUUGAAAGAGCCAAUAACACAACAUUCGGCUUGGCAGCUGGGGUCUUCACAAGGGACGUAGCACGUGCCCAUCGUGUGGCUGAAAACCUUCAGGCAGGGACCUGUUUCAUCAACAACUACAACAUAAGCCCUGUGGAGGUGCCUUUUGGAGGCUAUAAGAUGUCAGGUUUUGGUCGAGAAAAUGGCCAGGUGACAAUCGAAUACUAUUCACAACUGAAGACUGUGGUGGUUGAGAUGGGUGAUGUGGAAAGUCUCUUCUAACUGUGUGGGGCUGUUUUCAGUGUCUGGAGUUACUUUUGGUAUGGAACAGACAUCAUUAAAAGUUAAUCUUAAGUGCCUUUAGUGUACUGAUGCAAUGAAACUAGUAAUGAUGGCAGAAUAGCGCAACAUUAAUUUCAUAUUUAGCUGUGGAGGAAUGUUUACAUUUCUUCAUUUAGAAGACUUUUCUCCAAAGCAACUUCCAACAUGCACUAUGUAGUAGUAUCAGCCCAUGCCUUAUUCACCCAAGCUGACUUACACUGCUAUAUACAUUACUUACAAUGAGUCACUCAUCCAUGUACCAGCGAAACACUUUGUCAGUCUCUCGCACACAGUAGAUGAUUUUAAAGUCGACAAUCCACCUGAACAGCAUGUCUUCAGACUGCAGGAGGGAACCCGGGGAGAACAUGCAAACUCCAUACAGACUGAGUGGGGAUCAAACCCACAUCUCCUCAUGCCACCCCGGUGCAAUGAAACAUCAACUCUACUCCCUGUGCUAUAAACGCACAUAUAAUACGUAGAGACUCUCUUGUAAGUUUUACCGUGAUAUAAGCAUGUAGAAUAAUGCAUGACUAGCACUGGCUAAUAAAAUAUCUUGCUUGUCAGACCUGACAUUUCCCUUUAAUUACCAAACAGGUCAUUUGAAAUUUACUUUGCAGUUAAUUACGAUGUGCAAUGUUUUUAAAAUGUUAAACAUUUAUGUAUUUUACCGUGACCGGUACAAGUAAGAUCAAAGCACAUUCUGUAAUAUGUUGGUUUUGUUUUCCUCAUUUGUAAACUCGUAUCGCUUCAUCCACUGCAAAGGCUGCAACAUUGGGAAAUUUUACAUUGUAUCAUUUUUGUAAAAGCUUUCUUAUAUCAGGAGAAUUUUCUCCCCCUUUUAAUUCCAAUAAAUGCUGUUAGUAACUACAACCCAAUAUGGAAGCUCAGUUGACACAUUUUGAGCCACUUGUUGAUAUUUGUUGGAAUUAUUUUGUCCGUCAGUUGCAAAACAUGCCAUUUUAAUGUUUCAGCUGAAAAACGUGUAUGUAUUUGGAUAACUGAAAACUGUUACAGCCGAAAAUAUUAACAUGGCCAGGUACCAUCUUUCCAAAAAGACGACUGCAGGUCUCUUUAGUGAAAUAACUAUUUAGGUCAUUCUGAAACUAAAAUAAUGUCAUUUAAAAAUUAAGAAAUUGCAUACAUUGAUCUAAAAUCUAUUUAUAUUAGUUUGCCCAACUUUAACAAGUUGUGGUAGAAUUAAAAUGCAAAUCCCAAAAACUAAAUGGGAACAGCAACUGGCAGUCAGUUUUAGCUCUCUGCCUGAGCUGCAUGAAUAAAUGGGAAAGACAAGCUGUUAACUCUUGAGGAGGGUUGGUGUACCUCAACGGUUGACCAACAUAAUCUUGUACAGCAGAGCAACGAGCAGAAAUGAAUGUUCUGGA